AUGGCAGCUCCAGCAACCAAGUUCAAGGUCGCAGACCUGAGUCUUGCAGCCUUCGGCCGCAAGGAAAUCGAUCUUGCUGAGAAUGAGAUGCCCGGCCUCAUGGCUACCCGCACAAAGUAUGCUGCCGAUCAACCCCUGAAGGGAGCACGCAUUGCUGGAUGUCUUCAUAUGACUAUUCAGACCGCUGUCCUGAUCGAGACCCUCACAUUCCUUGGAGCUGAGGUUACCUGGUCAUCGUGCAACAUCUUCAGCACCCAAGACCACGCCGCUGCUGCUAUCGCUGCUGCCGGUGUCGCUGUUUUCGCCUGGAAGGGUGAGACCGAGGAGGAGUACCAAUGGUGCUUGGAGCAACAGCUCGUUGCAUUCAAGGAGAACAAGGGCUUGAACUUGAUCCUCGAUGACGGUGGAGAUCUCACCGCUCUCAUCCACAACAAAUACCCUGAGAUGUUGAAGGACUGCUAUGGUGUCUCUGAGGAGACCACCACCGGUGUUCACCAUCUGUACAAGAUGUUGAAGAACAAGAGCCUUCUCGUCCCAUCCGUCAACGUCAACGACUCCGUCACCAAGUCCAAGUUCGACAACUUGUAUGGUUGCCGUGAAUCGCUCAUUGAUGGUAUCAAGCGUGCCACCGAUGUUAUGAUUGCUGGCAAGAUUGCUGUUGUUGCCGGUUUCGGUGACGUCGGAAAGGGCUGCGCCAUGGCUCUCCACGGAAUGGGUGCUCGUGUUCUUGUCACUGAAGUUGACCCUAUCAACGCACUUCAGGCCGCUGUCUCUGGAUUCCAGGUUACCACCAUGGAGAAGGCUGCUUCCCAAGGUCAAAUCUUCGUUACCACCACUGGAUGCAGAGAUAUCUUGGCUGGCCAGCACUUCGAGAAGAUGCCCAAUGAUGCUAUUGUCUGCAACAUUGGUCACUUCGAUAUCGAGAUUGACGUUGCCUGGUUGAAGAAGAACGCCACCAGCGUGCAGAACAUCAAGCCCCAGGUUGAUCGUUUCCUCAUGCCCAGCGGCCGUCACAUCAUCCUCCUUGCUGAGGGUCGUCUUGUCAACUUGGGAUGUGCCACUGGCCACUCUUCAUUCGUCAUGUCAUGCUCGUUCACCAACCAAGUCCUUGCUCAAAUCAUGUUGUUCAAGUGCAAUGACCCUGCUUUCGGAAAGAAGUACAUUGAGUUCGGCAAGACCCAGAAGCUUGAGGUUGGCGUCUAUGUCCUCCCCAAGAUUUUGGAUGAGCAAGUUGCCGCACUUCACUUGGACCACGUCAACGCUGAGUUGACCACCUUGACCAAGGUCCAGGCUGAGUACCUUGGCCUUGAGGUUGAGGGCCCAUACAAGAGCGACAUGUACCGAUACUAG